CCCACAUCAAGGCUAUGUAUCUAAUUGCUGUAUCGAUGGCGACGGUUUUCGACUGCUAAAAGUUUCUCAGUCCUUUAACGGUUUCUCCAUGCUUAUUUUGUGACCUUCCCACGAGAUUAUAUGCCUUCUCUCCUCCAUAUACCACCAGAAGAAAAUAGCUUUUGAUCAAACCAGUUUUGGAAGAGCUAUGGAGCUCAAGUCUUGCGUUACCACCUUUUUUUUAAUCUUCCUCCUUGCCCUGCCUUGUCUCUCAAGAGGGAGAUUGGAUGUGCCAAAUAUGGAUUCAGGGAUCUAUGACAUUGAUUAUAGAGGUCCAGAGACUCACUCUUUCAUUCCUCCACCAUAUGAAUCUGGUGGACAGCAUAAUAAUCAUCGGAAAAGUGUCGUGGCGCAUCGCAAAUCCAAAGGUCUGAGAGGUGAAAAUGCAGGAGGAAAGAUGAAGAACAUUCAUGGAUAAAGAAGUUUCUGUUAAUGGGUGUGUUUGUAUAAGUUCGGAAGGAGAAGGUAAAACAGUAAAAGUUGCUUUAUUUUCUGUUUAGAAAAGAUGGGUGUUUUUUCUUUAUUUUGAAAAUCAAGAGUUUGUGUAGUAAAGUGGAAAAGUACUGAUCAAUGAAUGAAGAGUCUUCUGUUGUGUGUGUUUUGUAGAUCUGUUAAAUGCAUAAGAGGAUGGUGGGACUUGUUUGCAGCUGUAAUUAUGAUGCAAUAAAUCAUGAUUUUUAAAAAAAAUUUCUUUUCUUG